AGUAAUUCAAGGUCCAAAAAGGUUGCUAGGGAAAGUAAAGGCAGAAUUCCAUGCAUUCAAAAUGAAGUUGAACAGAAUGUCAAAAGUCAUACUUGAGUUUUACCCAGGUGGACCUUAUUUGCUGCUUUGAGUUCCCAAUAAAUACUAGACCGCCAUCACUUCCCUGCAACAGCAACUCGUUCUCUUUGCUUAAUUCCCUUUCUUGUGAUCAUAAUCCAAAUGGCUCCUCUUCAACUUCUUGCGGUCUUUGCAGCAACUUUUAUCGUCAUGCAAACUACGGGAAAUUCUCAGACAUGCCCGGAUUGUUUCGUUCAUUCUCGUGCAGCUCACUAUCCAAAUUCAGAAGAAAAAGGAACAGAAACUGGGAGUUGUGGAUUUGGUACUUUUGGAGCAACAAUUAAUGGCGGAGAUGUGUCAGCAGCAUCAGACCUCUUUCGAAAUGGUCUAGGAUGUGGUGCAUGCUACCAGGUGAGGUGCACCAAUAGUAACUACUGUUCUGAUAAAGGAGUGACCGUAGUUAUAACAGAUCAAGGAGCAGGUGAUCACACAGACUUUAUUCUAAGUCAGCGAGCCUUUGCUCGCAUGGCUCAGACGACAGAUGCUGCUGCUUCUCUAUUAUCACUUGGUGUGGUGGAUAUCGAGUAUAGAAGGGUCUCAUGCAGCUAUCCAGACAAAAAUAUUACAAUCAAGAUUGAAGAGAGCAGCGACAAUCCUCAUUACUUGGCUUUUGUGAUAUGGUAUCAACAAGGAAAAAAGGAUAUUACCGCUGUGCAACUAUGCGAGACACAAAAUUUUGUAUGCAAGCUGUUGGACAGGACACGUGGAGCAGUGUGGACUACUACUUCACCUCCAAGGGGACCUUUGCAAAUCAGAAUGUUGUUGAGUGUUGAUGAUGGAGAUGAGACUUGGGUUGUUCCUGUCAAUAAUAUACCUGAGAACUGGAAAGCUGGUGACACAUAUGACUCAGGAAUACAAGUGGAUGCAUAAACACAAAGGACUCUGUUGCUAAGAUCAACUUGUUACUAAAUAAGUUUAUUGGCUCUUUGAUGGUGUUACUCUGUGUUAGCUCUCAUUCUUUUCUGUUAGUAGUUCUACUCAACAAAACGAUCCUCACUCAAUUAUGUAUUUUCAACAAAUACAGUUUUAAGUUUUAAAGCAGUUUUUCAUAUUGAUGACCAGAUUGUACGAAAUACAGAACUUGUCUAAAUUUAUUACUUUAAGCUGUGGAUGAGCC